CUUUUCUUCUCUUUCUCUGUUCUUCCUCUCCACACGCGUCUUUCACUUCACCCACCCCUCUCUCUCUCUCUCUCUCUCUCUCUCUCUCUAAAUUUGGCGUUUCUUCUUUCACAUCUCCCACCUGGUAUUACAAUUUUCUCAUCUAUCUAUAGUUCAAUUAUAUAUAUAUACACAUAUACAUAAUAUCUGAAAUCAAGUUUAAAACUUUUGUUCCCCAUUAGAUUCUCUAUCAUCUAUUUUCUGAUUUUCUAUUUCCCACUCCAAUUAUGCUUCAAUGUUGUUCUUUUACUUCUAUUAGGUCUCUAUCUCUCACACAAAGGGUUUUCAUUGAUUUAAAUCUCUCUCUUUGAGCAAAUUACAGGUUUGUUCUCUCCUCUUCAAUUCUUCUAUUUUCUUGAAUUGCACUCUUCUUAACUUUAUAUAAUCUUUCUAUAUGAAUUGAUCCAUAUGUAUAUGUCAAGGUUUGUGAUUUUCUUGAUUCUGUCUUGAACCUAGCUUUUUGUUUCCUUUUUGAUUCUUUCUGAGAAAUUCCCAAAAUUUUUGGUGCUUUGUUUUAGUUUGCAAUCCGAUAUUUAGGGUUUCUCUUGUGUAAUUUCAUUCUUUUGGGUCAUAGAGUUUGUGUUUCUUGCUUCUGGUUAGGUGGGUGGAGAGUCAAUGGCAUUGAAUCUUUCACAUAACUCUGUCUUUCCUUCCAAUGGAUUGGAAGGGAAUUUGUUUUCGUCGAUUAAAUUUGGUAAUAAUGGGUACCUAAUGGAGGGAUGCACAGAUAAGAAUUGGGCUGGUUUUGGUGAUUACAUGAAUUUCAAUUGGAAAUUAGAGGAUGAGAAAGAUAUUCUUGAUCUGUUGCCUUCUGAUCCCUUUGGUAUGGAUUUAAGUACUACGUUUACAGCCAUUACGGGUUGGCUUGAGGAUAUUGAGAAUGAUUUGGGGUUAAAUUCUAUUGGGUUUGGUACUGAUCGAUUUGAGGUGGAGAGAGGGGAGGAGGAUCGGUUAUUGGCAGGACUGAAUUUGGUUUGGGAUGAUGCAUUGAAACUUCAUUCCGAUGUCAAUGAUUUGAAGAUUCAAGAAGCAUCGAUUGGGUCUGGUAAGGAAUUAUGGUCUGGACUAUGUGAUGGUGAUGACAACAUGGAUGAGUUAAUGGGUUUCAGCUAUGAGAAAAAUUGGGCCUUAGGUGUUGCUGCUAAUGAAUUUCAAGGGUGCUCUGAAAUCCAUUCUGAUGGUGAUAGAGGUGCUCCCCAUGAUGCUUUGUUUUUCUCUCUUGGUUAUCUGGGUGUGAGGGACCUUCUUUCUGUUGAAAGGGUUUGCAAAUCUUUGCGUGAUGCAGUUCAAAAUGAUCCUCUUAUAUGGAGGAGUGUUCAUAUAGAUCAGCCAUUAAGUGAUAGGAUCACUGAUGAUGCUCUGUUACGGCUAACUAGCAGGGCUCAAGGCACUCUUCAAUGCUUGAGUCUAGUGGGGUGCUUAAAGAUCACAGACAGUGGAUUGAUGCAUGUGCUUGAAAACAAUACAGGGCUGACAAAGCUAAGCGUGCCGGGAUGUGUGAGGCUCAGUGUUGAAGGUAUCUUGUGUAACUUAAAGGCCUUCAAGUCAGUAGAAAACUUGGGAAUACAGCAGCUAAGGAUUGGUGGUCUCUAUGGUAUAUCAAACAAGCAGUUUGAAGAACUGAAGUUUUUACUUGGCACAGAUAACCAUAAGCAGCUCAGUUCCCGCAAACCACGGUUCUAUGGUGGCGGGCAAUUGUAUUUCUCUUGUAACGAUGAUUGCGCUAUUGACAUUGAGGCAUGCCCGAGAUGCCAGAAAUUCAGACAAGUCUAUGAUUGCCCAGCAGAAAGCUGCCAAGGAAAACAUCAAUCGACUCAGUUGUGUAGGGCUUGCACACUCUGCAUUGCUCGCUGUAUACAUUGUGGUCGCUGCAUUAAUGGUUGUGAUUAUGAAGAGACAUUCUGCCUAGAUUUGCUUUGUUUGGAUUGUUGGAAGCAAUUUCUGAACUGUCGGCAGGAAGGAGAAAUGGACGGUCACUCCUCUAAGUGCACUAUUUUCCAUCAGCAGGCAAGGUACCAUUUUUGCCUUUAUGGCUAGAAGAACUAAAAGUUGCAUAUAUUCCUUUUGGCUAUGGUUUCUGGACUACGAACUGCAUGACUGGCAGUCCGGGUAUUUGAUGCAAAAAGUGGAAGCCAUUGAAGCAGUAGUUGAAUGCUCAUGGAGGUAGAAAAAAGACCACCAGCAGAAAAAGACAAAAAAAACAAAUCAAAUAUUUAGUCAAAAAAAUACACAUGAUCCACAGAAAAACUGAGAGAAGUUGGAAACAAAAAACUGGGAUGUACAUAUCGAUGAUAUAUGUCUGCCAGGGAAAUGGCUGUUUGAUUCGACACUGUUCCAGACUAAGUGUUAUCUUUUGGUGCAGUUGUAAAUGUCAGUGGGGUUAGCAUUUUAAUUAAAAAACCAGAGGACGAUGAAGUUGAUAGAAUGAUUGGUUUGUGGAAGUGAAGUGGCUUAUGUGUUGUCGGGUGAUCCUAUGGAAACAACGGGCUGCUGAUGAAGUGGGUUGUCGUUUAUUUGUGGCAGAUGAAGAUGCAGCGCCACAUUGUCAAGCUGGAAGUUCUCGCAGAGUGGGAGAGAAUAUUAAAGGCAAGUUCCUUCUUCAUCGACUUUGCAGUGGGGAUGAGGUUAUGGCUGCUGUUUUUGUUGCAAAGUCUAGAUAAGUUAUGCUUUAAGUCAGUAAUACUGAAAGUUUGUCAAUUUGUAAGGUAAAGUUAUUAUACUCAAUUGGGUCAAAUUCACUUACAAUCUGUACAUGGUGAAUGAUAAUAUCCGUACUUUUAUGUACAUUUGUUGCUCUUCUAUCUCAUAUUUCGUUCAGUGGCAUGUUCUUUUCACCACUUCUUCUUGUCCGUUGUUGUAGUUUUGGGGCUUAGUUCAAUGAAUAUAUAUUGUGUGGUUAAAUUUA